AUGGAGCGUGGCCGUGAAAAUGGCUCGGUUGAGAGCCAGCAGCAAGCUUCGACACCAGCUGAGAAGGAUCCAGGUGCCGUCGUUGCCAGUAGCGGCUCAUCAGUUCGGAGCGAAGGUGGCCGUAGCACACUCGUUCCACUCAAGAUGAAGCUUAUCUCAAUUCUGCUCGUCUCUGCCAUUGGCUUCGGUUCCCACUGGAGCAGCGGCGUGACUGGUGCGAUGAAGAGCACGCUGAAAAAGCAACUGCACAUCAACAACGCACAGUAUGCGGUGCUCGAUGCGUCUGAGGAUUUCAUGAAGACAGCCUUGAUCUUGAUCAGUGGACUCGUCACUGACAGAAUUGGUGGUGCCAGUGCUAUGCUCUGGGGCAACGCAAUCUUCAGCGUCGGCGCUAUCUUCGUUGCAGCAGCCACCACCGUGCGCUCGUACAAGUUCAUGAUCUUCGGAGUUGUUGUUCAGGCCUUCGGCGACAUUGCUACCCAAGUCGCUCAGUACAAGGUUUUUAGCUCCUGGUUUGCACCUUCGGACGGCUUCGCGUCAACUCUGGCCUUGGAACUCGGUAUCGGUAAAAUUGGGUCUUUCGUAGGCAAAGCCACCGCCAACAUUAUUGCGAAGAACACCGGUGACUUCAGCUGGGUGUAUUGGACUGCUGUGUUCAUGAACAUCUUCACUAACAUUGUCACGCUGGUGUUCUGGUUUUUUACCAAGUGGUGCAACAAGACCUACUCUGGCAUGCGCGAUCCAGCGACGGGAGAGAGACUCACGGAAAACAACAAGAAAUUUGAGUUCAAGAAGAUGCUGCAGCUGCCAUGGACGUUCUGGGCUGUUAUUUGCUUUUCGCUCUUCCAGACCAGCACAGCCGGCAUCUAUAAUCAGAACGCCACUGAAUUGGCCGAACAGCGCUUCGACAUCGACGCAGUCACUGCGGGCUGGUACUCAGCUAUGUCGCAGUACCUGGGCUUCUUCCUCAUUCCGCUCAUCGGCAUAUUCAUCGAUCUUCUCGGCAAUCGGAUAUCGCUCAUGGUCGUCUGCGCAUGCGGUAUGCUGCUGUCCAUGUGCUUGACUGCCUGGGGUCCAACGAUUGGCGGCACAGCUGCCUCCUUCGGUAUCUAUGCGGUCGCAACGUCAUUCGGUCCUACCGUCAUCAUUGACUCCAUCCGUACUACCAUGUGGUAUCAAGAAGUCUUCGGCUCCGGCUACGCGGUCAAGAUCGCCGUUAACAACAGCAUGACCAUCUUCGUGCGCAUUAUCACAGGUGUCAUUCAGGACCGCGACAACAACUCCUACGACAACGUUGUCAAGGGCUACGUUUUCCUCUCUGCAGGCUCUGUUGUUAUUGGCUGCACAUUGCUGGCGGCUAGCUACUGGACAGUCGAUCUGAAGAUACUGCAGUGGACGAAGAAGCAGCGUAUGGCGAAUGGCGAGACUAUCAAUGACAGGAGGAGGAUGUUUGAGAAAGGUGAGGUGGGCGUUAGAAACAGGAAGAUCAGUAUGACUUUGUUCAUUGCUCUCAUUGUAUUCAUCUUGGGCGCCUGGGCAGCGUACUUCUGGGGCGUGGCCACUGGCCACAACAAAUGA